CAUUUUUCGAUUGCUGUUUGUCUGGUCAGGGUGGCUGCGCUACCACUCUCUACUCACCGUGAAUGCAAGGCGGGUCGCCUCCUCUUGUCUGAAGAACAUCCCAUUCCUCCACAGUCAAUCCCUUCUAUUUCCCUCCUGAUCGGUUUCCUAACAUGAUUGCGUGAAGAAGAAAUGGCUUCCACAGCUCCAGCCAGCGGCACUCGCGGCCGACGCGGCGCCAAAGCGGACGGCUUUCAGUGGGACAAUCCCGGCGACGAGCCGGUCUCCCCGAGCUCGCCCUCGCGCCGGCCGUCCUUCCUCCGCCUCUCCACCACCUCGUGGGUCCUCCUGCUCUCCGCGAUCUUCGUCGCCGCUCUCCUUUUCAUCGGCUUCCGUAAUUUCCGCGUCGAGGCUCCCGCUCCGCGCUCCAGCGCGGCUUUAGGAGGGUCAUUGGACGGCGAGUACGGCACCGGCGACGAUGACGGUUACGGAACUACCGGCGCGGCAGGUUCCACGUGGCCGAGCAGCACCAAAUCGUCAAAACUGACGGCCGCUGGGACAGGGUUGUCAGGAUCGUUCGGGUCGGCUAGCUUGACGGAAAACGUUGGGAAGAAGACGUCUUGGGACGAAAUGUCGGAUGACGAUGAUGGCCUAGGAACUACCUCCACUAGCUCCACCUGGCCGAGCAAGAGUAGCUCCGCAAUCGGCGGCGGGUUUGGCGGCGGAGGCGCCUCGGCGAGCUGGAAGAAGGGGGUGGGCGGCAGGGGGAGCAGCGGCUCGUGGGGCGGCGGCAGCGACGGCUCGGAUGCGAUGGAUGAUGACGUGGACGCGUUCGCGAGCAGCGGGAAAGCCGCGGGAAGGUUCGGCGGUGGGGCGAUGGGAGAUAUGGGUAUGAGUGAUGAUGAUGAUGAUGGGGGGGGCGCGCUUUACCCGAAGGAAAAGGGCAGAGGGAUGGAGACUGGGAGGGGUAUGGAUAUGGAGGGGUAUUCUAAGAGCACUGCGGGGUAUGCUAGAGGCGCUUCAGGGUAUUCUAAAAGCGCGGCAGGGUACUCUAAGAGCGGACGAGGCGGAGUUUCUUCGAUGCGCAAAGGCGGUCGUGGUGAUGAUGGCGAUGACGUGGAUGAGGAGGAGGAUGACGUGGACGAGGAGGAUACCAGGAGCAGCAGAAAGAAGGGCAGGAAGGGGAAGAAAGGGAAGAAGACAAAAAGGAAGGGCGGGAAAAGGAGCAAGACGAGGGGAAAGACGAAAAAGACCACCAAGCGCAAAUCCAAGAGGUACGGCAAGAAGAGUGGUGGGAAAGGCGGCGGGAAAGGUGGAGACUCGGACUGGGAGGACGAGGGAACGUUCAGUCCUCUGGGGAAGUGGGGGAGGAAGAAGAAGAGCAGUGGCCGGCGGAGCAAGGCGGCGGACGAGGAGGAAGACGAGGAUAGUCUUAGUGGCAAUGAUGAGGAUGACAGGGAUACUACCAGCAGCAGUAGAUACGGCGGGUCAGGGUCAGGGUACUCGGGGAAAAGGGCGCGGGGAGCGGGGGCUUAUAGGGACUCUGAUGCCUCGGCGUCGUACAGGCAGGGCGCGGACCGCAUGGGGGGAGCGCGCGGGGAGCGCGGAGGACAAGGGGGACGAGGAGGGCGCGGAGACGACGCGCUUGACCAGGCGUGGGAUGAGCUGGGGGGUAGGGGGGGACGAGGGGGACGGGGCGGGCGCGGAUAUGGUAAGGGGGAAGAUGACGCGGACGAGAUGGGGGGAGGCGGGGGCGUGGGUGCGCGGCAGCAGCGGCUGGCGGGCGGACGAGGGGGGACUGGCGGGAGAUUCGGACAAAGGGGUGCUGCUGACGUGGACGAUUAUGGCGAUGGCGUUGCUACGGGCGGCAAGUGGUCGCGAGGGGCCAGCGGUGGCAGUGACGUGGAGGACACAUGGCAAAGCGGGGGCAGGGGGGGCGCAAGGGGAGGAUGGGCGGGGGGAGCAGCAACACAGCAGCAGCAGCAGCGGGGGAUGGGGUGGGGAGGGGCGGAUGCGGGGACAACAAACAGGCUAGGAGGAUACGGCAAAGGGGGCACAGGGGGUAUGGGAGGAGUGGGAGGAGUGGGAGGUGCGGGCAGAAAGGGAGGGAUGAGAGGAGCAGGGGGAAUGACUGGGGUGAACGACGAGGAUGAAGACACGUAUAGAGGGGCAGGGGGGUUCGCUGGGUCCAGAGGCGGUGCUGCUGCUGGCAGGUCGUUUGGGGGAGGCAUGGGUUCUGCUGCUGCUGCUGCUGCUGCUGCUGGUAGGGAAACUGAGGUAGGUAGAGCUGGGUUAGGUGGGGCUGGGGCGUUUGGUGGCAGGGCCCGGAAUAGUGCUGGUAACUUUGGUGGGGGGUUCCAAGGAGGGGCAGCAGGUGGGCUGGGAGGUGGGCUGGGAGAAGGGCCGGGAGAAGGGCUGGAUGUCGAUGGCGAUGACGAUAUGGGCAUGGCCACCAACGCAGCAGGGGGUUCAUUCGGUGGGGGUGGAAUGGAUGUGGGUGGGGGUGGGCUCCCUGCAAGAGGGAGAAGCAGGCUAGGCGCCACAAGUACUGGAUUUGGGGGCAUGGGAGGCAUGGGAGGCAUGGGAGGCAGUACUACCGGUGCUGCUGGGUCUGGUUUUGCUGCCGGUGUGGGGGCAGGAAUGGGUGGUGGGAUGGAGGGAGGGGCGAACACAGACGAGGUCUAUCGGCAAGGGGAACGCGCUGGUUUGGGAAGAGUGACACGGGGGGCAGCAGGGGCAGCGACCAGAGGGGCGUCCAGAGGGGCUGCAGGGGAAGCUGCAGGGAGAAUGGGCGGUGGGGGGAUGGGGGGAGCGGGGAUGGGCAGUGGCGAGAUGGGGGGAGCGGGGAUGGGCGGAGGUUUGGGCAGUGGGGGAUUGGGGGGGGCAGAUGCUUUGGGUGGUGUGGAUGACCAGGAGGGGCCAGGGCUGGGGACGGCAGUCAUGGGUGGGGUGAGGGGCGGAAGGAUUAAUUCUGAAGCAUCAAUGGCAGGAGGUAGGACCAUGGGGAUGGGCUUGGGUGGUAGUAUGGGUGGUGGCAUGGGUGGUGUGGGUGAUGCUGCUGGGGGUCGUCUGGGAGGGAGAGCGGGAAGCACCUGGCAGCAGCAGCAGAGGGGGCAGGCAGGAGCAGCAGGAGGAGCAGGAGCAGGAGGGUUGUUUGGAGGGAGGGCAGGGCAGCAGCAGCAAGGACUUGGCAUGGAGGGCAAUGAUGACUACGCUGCCGCUGCUGGUGCUGGUGGCGCUGGUGGCGCUGGUGGCGCUGCUGGUGCUGCAAACGACUACAAUGAUGGCGUAGCAGACGACAUCGCGGCAGGCCUUGCUGGUAGAAGCAGCAGCAGCAGCAAUGCUAAUGGUCUAUUCGGGACAAGGAGCAGCAGCCGCAGCUUUGGCAGCACCAGUGGCUUUGGCACCGGCACCACAAGCAGCAGCAGGCUUGGUAAGGUCACCGGAGCAGCAGCAGCAACAGACCCUUAUGGCGAGGACGAGGGCUCAGGCGGAGCGACAGCAGGGGGUGUCGCGUCCGGCAUGGGAGGCAUGGAGAAUGUGGAUGAUUUGGAUGGUGAAUCGAUGGGCGCAGCAGGGGGGAGCGCAGGGCUAGGCAGGGGCGAGGUGGGGCUGGGCAGCGGCGAUGCAGAGAGUGAGGGGGUGGGGGAUGAGAUGGAUGAGGAUGGGGGGGUGGGGUCUGGGAAGGCCGUGGUUGGAUCCAAGGCAGGGAAGGGCGAGGCGGGGAGCAGCUCUUCUUUCUCCUCUGGCGGUGGUGGUGGUGGCCUGUUUGGCUUUGUCUCUCGCAUGUUCGGUGGUGGUGGCAGCAGCAGCAGUAAGGGGUCGGGAGGAGCCGCGGCAGCAGGAGGGGAGGGGGAAGGGGAGGAGGCGGAGGGGUUUGAAGCGGGGAAGAGCACGGCUCAGUCCGCAGUGGAAGAGGCGCUGCACAGCCCUGAGGUGGAGGGCUUAUCUGGGGGAGGCUUGCCCAGGAGCAGAUUUGGCAGCGGAGGGGGCUUGGUUGGGGUGGAUAACUAUGGCACAGAAGCUGCUCCUGGUGGUGGUGCUGGCGGUGCUGCUGCAGGUGAUGCGGAUGCGGAUGCAGAUGUUGCUGUUGGCAAUGAUGCUGAUGCUGAUCUCGCAGGCGAUGUUGCAGCGGGGGAAGGUAGCAACAGAGGCGGGUUUGCUCGUGGCGCCGCACGUACUACUGCUGCCAGUGGGGAUGUGAACGAAGAGGAUGAUUCGGAAGCUAAUGCUGGUGUUGAUUCUUUUGGCAGUGUGGGAGGUGGUAGUAUCGAGCGUGCUAAUAACGAGGAUAUAGAUACUCCCGAUGCUUCUCCCUUGGAAGAAGCUGAUUCCCCGGAUGCUGCUUCUGGGCUGGGUUCUGCUGGGGCAUUCAGCAGGUCAGGGGCAGUGAAGGCGGGCCGGUUUGGUGGAAGGUUUAGCGGUGCUGGUGGUGUGACUGGGAAGGCUGGGCGCCUGAAUGCGAGAGGAGGAGCAACUACAAGUGCGUUGGGUUUUGAGGGGACACGUUCUGCUGCAGGGGGGGUUGGUGGUGAAGGGUUGGGUGAGGAGGGCGGGGACGAGGGUGAGAAUGGGGAAGGGGCAACUUCUAGCCUUGGUGUUACCAAGAAUGCGUUUAUGGGUAAAAGGCAGACAACAAAUAUGGCUAGUGGUACAAGCUUGGGAGCAACACAGAGCGUGGGGGUAGGGGGAGUUGGUCGAACAGGCCGGGCUCGCAAGUCCAGAUUGGGAGGAAUGGCGCAGGGAGGGGCGCAGGUGAAGGCGCAACAGGAUGCUGAUGAUGAGUUGUCGCUUUGAGACGAUAUACAGUAAUGUGGCACUUAGUGCCUCAAAUAUGAAUGGUGUGGGGUAUUAAUGGUGUGCUUUUGAGACUGCCUUGCUAGUUUGCCCCACUUUGUCAUGUAAUAUUUAUUUUGAGCUACCGUAAUCCCCCGUAUAUACCGUAU